AUGUGGGGCACACCGGGCACGGGGGCACGGAGCAUCCGUCCCUACCAGUCCAGCGAGCAGUACCUGUACGCCAUGAAGGAGGACCUGGCAGAGUGGCUGAAGGAGCUUUACGACCUUGACAUCGAGGUGGGCACCUUCUUGGAGGUGCUGGAGACUGGGGCUGUGCUUUGCUCCCACGCCAACCACGUCACCCAGGUGGCCGGGGAGUUCACCCGUGCCUGCCCUGACGUGGCCCAGCACCUCCACCUGCCCACCACUGGUGUCACCUGCAACCUCACGGCACAGCCAGGCACCUUCCAGGCCAGGGACAACGUCUCCAACUUCAUCCAGUGGUGCAGGAAGGAAAUGGAUAUCAAAGAUGUCCUGAUGUUCGAGACAGAGGAUUUGGUGCUGAGGAAGAACGAGAAGAACUUCGUGCUGUGCCUGCUGGAGCUGGCACGCCACGCUUCCCGCUUCGGAAUGCGGGCCCCCACCCUGGUGCAGAUGGAGGAGGAGAUCGAGGAGGAGAUCAGGCAGGAGCUGGACCUGCCUCCCAUGGACACAGCCCUGGCCCGGCCCCCCAGGACACCACGGGACCUCAACAACCUCGACCAGAUGGUCCAGCACCUGGUGAGCCGCUGUACCUGCCCUGUCCAGUUCCCCAUGAUCAAGAUCUCGGAAGGGAAAUACCGUGUGGGGGGCUCUGACACCCUCAUCUUUGUCCGAAUCCUGCGGCAGCACGUCAUGGUGCGGGUCGGGGGCGGCUGGGACACGCUGGAGCAUUACCUGGACAAGCACGACCCGUGUCGCUGUACCUCGCUCUCUCACAAACAAUCCUGCAAAGCCCGGAGCCCGCAGCAGCAAGUGCAGCACGAGGUGCGGCUGUGCCCGGCCGCCCGCAGCCCCCAGCCCGCACUGCUGGUCAGCCGCUCCCAGAGCCCCCUGCCCCCCGUCACCUGGGGGGGCCGUGUCCCCCCCGGCCCCCGGUCCCCUGCCACCCCCUCGACAGAGAGCUCGGGUCGCCAGCAGGGUGCCAGCCCUCACCGGGAGCCAGCGCAGCCCCGCAGGGUCCCUUCGGGCAGGCAGCCGCCACCAUCCCGGUCACCUGCUCGAUCCUGCUCCCCUGGGCACGGGGCGGGGGGCCGGGCACCCACCCCGUCCCGGCUGAGCCUCCCGAACGGCUCGGGGGUCCCCAGGGCACCCCAACCCCCGAAACUGGACAGCAGAGUUAAAUCCUCCAUCAAAGCCAGCCCGGCCACGUCCCGGCCCCCCACCCCUCUGGGCCGCCCUGCAGAGGGGUGCAAGGUCUGUGCCGCUGGGGACGGUCCCCAGGGGACACGGCAGUGCCACCCAGCCCCGAACACAAGGGCUGGGGGUGCCGAGGGACCGCGGGUGCCAGAGCAUGGAGCCGGGGGUGCCUGCGGCAAUGGGGCCGAGGGGCUGCGGGGGUGCUGUGGGAACACGCAGCCCCCCGGCUAUGACAGGGUGGUGGAGGAGCUGUCCCGCGGGCCGCAGCCCCUGCGCCCUGUGGGGACGCGGAGCCAGGUCCCCAAAACACCCGCAGGAGCUGUCCCGCAGCUCCCAGCCCCGGGGGAGGCAGAGCAGCCGGGUCUGGGGGGCCAGACCCCGCGGGGACUCAGGGCCAACCCCGCCGCCAAGCCCCGGCGGUGCCUGAAGAAGCCCGAGCGUGUCCCCUCCAUCUACAAGCUGAAGCUGCGGCCCAAGGUGCGUCCCCGGCGGGACCACAGGCCGGGCAAGCGCCCCUCCCGCAUCCCCACCCCGCUGGGGCAUCGCCCCCCUGCCCCCCGGGGCCAGCACCGUCCCCCGGGGCCCCCCCGAGCCCCCCAGACCGGCAGCACAAGCCCCACGGCCAAACUGUCCCCGGGUGACAGCGGCACCUGGCUGAGCGAGGAUGAUGAGGAGUCGUGGGUCUGA